AUGGCGAAAAAUCCAGAAACUGAGCACCCUGUGCAGGUAUUCGGAUGGGCUGCCAGAGACACUUCCGGUGUUCUUUCUCCGUUCAAGUUUUCGAGGAGGGCCACUGGCGAUUAUGAUGUGCAGUUCAAGGUUUUGUACUGUGGUAUCUGCCAUUCAGAUAUUCACAUGCUCAAGAACGAGUGGGGCUUCUCUCAGUAUCCUCUUGUCCCUGGGCAUGAAAUUGUUGGAGAGGUAACUGAGGUUGGCAGCAAGGUCCAGAAAGUUAAAGUUGGGGACAAAGUGGGCGUGGGCUGCCUGGUCAGAUCCUGCAGGGAAUGCGACCAGUGUUCGGCUGACCUCGAAAACUACUGCCCGAAACAAGUUCUCACUUAUGGUACUCCCGACAUAGAUGGCUCCAUCACACAUGGAGGCUACUCAACCACCAUGGUUGCCACCGAGCAUUUUAUCUUCCGCUGGCCUGAUAACCUGCCCCUCGACAAGGGGGCCCCUCUUCUGUGUGCCGGCAUCACGACCUACAGCCCGAUGAAAUACUUUGGGCUCGAUAAGCCCGGGUUGGCGAUUGGGGUCGCCGGGCUCGGCGGGCUUGGUCACGUGGCCGUGAAAUUUGCCAAGGCUUUUGGUGCCAAGGUGACUGUUAUAAGCACAUCUGAGAGUAAGAAGAAGGAAGCCAUUGAGCAACUUGGUGUCGAUAAUUUUGUGGUUAGCAAGGAUCCGGAGCAGAUGCAGGCUGCAGCAGGGACACUCGAUGGUAUAUUAGAUACAAUAUCCGCAGAUCACGGUCUUGUGCCGUUUCUUAAUCUGUUGAAGCCUCACGGGAAGCUCGUCUUGGUUGGUGCUCCUGAAAAGCCACUCGAGCUACCGGCCUUCCCCAUCAUUGCGGGGAGGAAGACUGUGGUGGGGAGUGCUAACGGGCCUGUCAAAGAGACGCAGGAGAUGCUCGACUUUGCUGCCGCGCACGGCAUAACUGCAGAUAUUGAGCUUAUCUCGGCUGAUUACGUUAACAAGGCCAUUGAGCGUCUCCAGAAGGCUGAUGUGAAGUACCGUUUUGUGAUCGAUGUUGGGAAGACCAUGAAACCUGAGCGCUGUAAAUUGUGA